AAGGAAUAUAGGCACAAUAAAAAUAAGGAAAAUGAAAUCUGACCAGCACCCCUCCACCGAUAGAGGGCGUGAUCUAGUGACGUCACUACUUGUCGUUCUGUUGCUAGGGGUUAUUGCAAGUGUCUGUGUAAUAUACAUACAACUUGUGGGGGUUCAAAAUGAACUCAAUGAAUUAAAACACUUACGAGACCUUGAUUUGAAGUUCAAGGACGAGUUUGAUCAAAAGUCCCAGGAAGACCAGCAAAGUCAAACGAGGACCAGUAAAGAAAGCGUACAGAAACGACAGACUGCCAGUUCAUUUGUACAAGAGCUGUUGCUUGCCCAGGCUCACAUUCUGGAAUCACAUUGUGCAAACGACAGUCGGCUGUGUAUGAGAGGUCCAAAGGGAGAAAAGGGGGAUCCGGGUCCUUCGGCCAAACCUCUGACUGUUCCAACAUCAGUAACCAGCCAGUGCGCAUGCUUAGAGGAACCAAAAAUAGGACAACUUCUGAAUACUGUAGCAAAAACCGGAGAUGACGUAGACCUCAGGUGUCCGGUAACCGGAAAUCCCACACCAUAUGUUAAAUGGAUUAAAAAUGGCGUCACUGUUUCAAGAAAAAGUAUUCUACAUUUAACAAAUGUGGACACAACGACGUCAGGGAAUUAUACAUGCGUGGCACAGAACAUAAUUGGAUCACGCACGAAAACUCUUCUUUUAAAUAUUCAAUAA